AUGAGAAGACCGACAAGUGUUGCCAUGGUGACCGUAAAGCUGGGACUUGAAACAACGGAGAGGAUCCGGAAUAUGGUGAGGGUGAGCGGCGUGCUGCCCUAUGUUUCGCUUCUUCUUUUGGUGGGCUUUGACUCUGCCCUCGCUUACUCUACGGACAACCACGGCUAUGAUACUUCAGGUGGGGACAAGGUGUGGCAGUCAAGUCUUCCCACGGUGCUGACGGAGUGGCAUCUUUCUCCCCUUCCAAUUGCCUCGCCCAAAGAAUCUUAUAAAGCUGGAUAUGCCCUUCACGGUGGAGUGGACACCACUGAAAACUGGGUUUCAACAAGCAGACUUGCCACGCCUAGUCCAUGGAGAGAAGGAGAGACGGGUUUGACGCCCCACUAUGCCCGCGAGAAAAGGAAAACCUGGCAACCUUUUGAUCCCCGAACUGUCCAAUCCGGGGAAUCUGGGAGCGUCAGCUCACAUCAGGAGUUAAUAGAAGAUGGCCUGCAGAACCUGCUCUCACUGUACCCUAGCAGCUGGGGUAGCAAAAAGGAGAGGCGAGUCGGACGAGGCAGAGUCUCACACGGGCGACACAAGCUGCGUCACGGCAAGAGGCGCCGCCACCAUCCUCGUACUUUGCUGCUGCUUGAGGCAGGACUCAGUAUGAGAGGGGGUGAAAACCUUGAAACGACGCUUUCUUCACAUGCCAGUCCUACCCUCUUGUCUGAGACAGAUCCUGAAAGGAAAUUCUCCACCCCAAAUUCCCAAUCUUUGUCCCCAACACAACAGGGAAGGGAACGCAACUCAUAUUCCUUAAUAGGAAUAAACACCCUCACACCGACCAGUGUGCCACUUCUCAACCUGCCUCUUACAUUCACCUCACGCUCCGAUGACCCUCCAGAAAUACAGCUGAACUCAUCGGUGGUACUCCACAGUGGAACCACGGUACAACCGUCAGAGUGGUCCAGCACUAGUGGGUUCAUAGGAGCACCGCCCACCACCUCCCAGCGUCCUAAUGUCCCUCAGGAUGACUUUGUCCAAUAUAACCACGCAUCUAUACGUGCCCACCCUACAGAAGGAUUACUGUCGAAGCAGAUCAAGGGAGCAGGCAAGAUGUCGUCUCAAAGUAAGAUUGUAAGUCCUGAAGCUCCCAGACUUGUGACAGUGCUUGGCAGCCUGGAGAGGUCUACCGAACCCCUCCCUACCACCUACCAAGAGUCCCCUAUGGAAGACACCGACCAUACCACCACACAAAGCCCUGAGAAUUCCAGACAUGAUCUCCGGGAAUUCAACAAGCGUCAGACAAUAAAACUUGGCAGUGGGGCGCUCCAUACAUCACCGAUGAGCCCCAAGGCAACACCGACCAACGCAGGGAUCGUUCACACCCACCACAGACACACACACAGCACAACUUCGAGACCCACUGUGCUCUCCACUAACUUGGUUAUGAAGGACAACAGUGGGAGAAAGAGGCCCCAGAGAGUGACCUCUAUACGACCACGCCAUAACGAACUUGAAAAGACUCUGGUUGCUAAUUUACAUGAAGCACAGCAGCGGAAAAGAGAACCCAAACCAAGGGCAGAGAGACUCUCCUUAAUAGAACACUCACCUUCCAUCAGUCUAUUUUCACAUUUUUCAACAACCAAACCUGAUAGCUUACAGCACGGUCCUGUUCCCAAGCCAACAGUUCAUGAAGAACCACGGACGGAAGGAGACGGUUGCUACAGCACCAAUGAUGUUGUGGUGGUCGUGUUUCUUACCUCGCUAGUAAACAUGGUGGCUUUCGUGGUGGUGACGGUGACACUAUGCUGGUGCUCCCUCAGGGGUAGUAGAGUAGCACCUCCUUCACGAUCCUCACAUCCUGAUGACGCAAGUCAGGACAAUGCAGACGACGACGCUGAGGAGACUGCGUAA